GUCGACCGAACCAGAUAGCUAGUAGGAUCCACAGUUUUGAAGUGUGAGGUCCUUGUUAACAGUGGUUCAAACAACAUAAACACUUGCUCCGAUCAAUCCGCUAAACGCUUCAGCAACAACUACACUUAUUCGCUCAUCUUCAUAUUGCAUAUCUUCACAACUGAUUGGGACUUUUCUUUGCAAUAGCUACCCACUCGCAAAUGAAUCUUCAUGAUUUAUUCAUUUUAUUAACUGCGUCAGCCAGUCUCCAGGACAAGCAAUGUUGGAUUUUCAGAAGAAAAUUGGUGUCAUCGCAGUUCUGAAUUAAACAAACAUAUUACGAACAAAUUUCAGAAGGAAAUAAAAGGAAUAUAUUUUUGUAACCAGCAAAUAUUACCUCUAUCGAAGCAGACGAACAUUGUUUGCCGUUUUCACCACUUUACACUUUUAUCAAUUUCGGAAGAGUUUAUUUGAUAUAAGAAAUUUUCUUUAAAAUGAUAUUAAGACCGGAAGAUGAAAAGAUCACAGGCCAACAGAGAAGGGUAUCAUUCACUGGAGUCGGGUCUUCUCGGACGAGUCUGUGUGCUUCGCCCGAUGACGAAAAGGUGGCUAAUUGUAACGAACAUAUUAGUCAAAGCCAUGGUAAUUAUGAUAACAAUCAAAGUUCAAUUCCUAGUUCAGGCGAUGUUAAUGACAAUGUCAAGAGCGAGGGUGGUCAUGAUGGUACGGUCAAUGGUGAGGACGACCAAUUCGGACAUGAUCACCGCGAAGAUGACGAGAUGUUGGUAAGCCGAAACCAUUUCGGCAACGAAGGUGUUGGCGCGAAUGGAAGAGAUGACAAAGAAGUCGAAGGCGAUGAUGACGUCGAAAAUGAGCAAGAGGACCCCAAGUUUUCUGCCAACGAUGUAGAUGACGAUGAGAGUUCGAAGACGUCAGCCUCUCGGGAUGAAAACGGCGUGCACGGGGACAACAGCCAAGGGUGCGAGGAAUUGUUAGGAGACCAACAUGUUCCAGCACACGGGGGCGAGCGUGAAUCUGUCGAUGAUGACCAGCGCCAUCCAACAUCAUCACAUUCAUCAGAAAUCAAAGGCUCAAUGUCGAUGGACUCCCCGCGAUCAUCAUCCCAUCAUGAUAAGAACUUUGACGUUAAACCCAAUCAGAGCGACUCGGCGCGAAGUCUUCAAAGUUCGACGUCGAAACGUCAGGGUGAAACGAGUCGGAAAUGUUCAGAUGCGAGUACAAGUGCCACCAGGAGUCGACGAUCGUCAUCCUCAUCCUCAUCGUCGUCUGGGUCGUCAUCGGGGUCUAGUACCGAAUCAUCAUCGGGGAGUGAUUCGGAUUCAAGUUCUACCAAUUCAGACUCUGAGUCGUCAUGUUCCUCUUCCUGUUCGUCAUCGUCGUCGUCAUCAUCGAGCAACUCUGAUAGCAGUUCGUCAUCAUCGUCCGGAAGCGAUUCAGCCUCAUCGUGUACUGAUGAUACGGAAAGGCAGAAUUACAAUACUCGAGCUGGAAAACGAUAUCGCGUUUCAUCAAAAAAGUCCAGACGGGCAUCGAGUUCGGAUUCCGGUCGGUUGAGUUCGGAUUCCGGUACGUGUAGUUCGGAUUCCAGUAGGUCAAGUCCUGAUUCCGGUCGGUCAAGUUUGUCUUUCGCGUCUGAACUUGAAGGCAGGAAUAAGAAAAAGAAAAGCAGGGAGCCGGACGGGCAGUGUGCCCAAACUUCAACGAAGUCACAUGAAAGAAUGAAACAAUAUGAACAAUCCCAGAGAAUAGUUCAUCAAGAAACGUGUUCCCCUGUUUGCGUCAUAUCUUAAAUAAAAGACACACCCUAGCUGCCAACGAUGGGAAGCGUUUUGCAAUAAACUUAUAUUCUCAUUGAAAUCCUGGGUUUUAUUGGUUAGGAAGCAAUGUUGCUAUGGUUACUGACUAAAUGUCAUUGAAUGGCAACGGUAAAUAAAUUGCCAAUUCGUCUACUGCCAACUCGUCCACUCACCACAUGGUCUACUUUCAUUUAGUCUAAUGCCAUUCCGUCCAUCAACAUUUCGUCUAUGACCAUUUCGUCUCAUAAGCAUCCAUUUCAUUUUCAUUCAUUUUGCACAAAUAACGUUUAGUCCAAUAUUAGACCAUUUCAUUCAUUUCAUUUCAUUUCAUUUAUUUCCAUUUCUGGUAAAAAACAUUCAAAUACAAUCAAAUAUUUACAAAAGAAAACAUAUGAAUACAAAUACCAAGAAUAUGGGGGAGCCAGCAGAGGCCAUUGGCCUUUCAAAGGCUGGGCUCCAAUGCCAUAUUGAAACAUACAUAAUAUAGAGAGAGAAGGGGGGGGGGGUACAUUUAUGUCUGGAUUGUGAUGGGUAAAUUAUAAAGUACUUACGAUUCCUUCAUGAGAUGCAUUUUAUACUUUCGUUUAAAUGAGGCAAUAGAUGGGGACAUUUUUAUAUUAACAGAUGGUAUGGACUAAAUGGCUAUUGGACCAACUGGUUAUAGAAACGAAAUGGUGAGUGGACGAAUUUGCAAUUAGACCAUGUGGAUAGUGGACGAACUGAUAGUCGACCAAAUAAUAAUAGACGAGUUGGCAAUUGGACGAAUUGGCACUAGACGAAUUGGAAAUAAACCAUGGCAACUUUGCAUGACGAACUGUCCUCUGAGUUUUAGUGCAUGAGCAGGCGGGCUUGUCGCUCGGCGACGAACGGAGGAUUCGAGAACAGAGAAAAUGUAUUGUCAAAUGCCAUGACAGAAAAGAACAAAGAAGCCUUUAUUGAAAAUUGGUGAAUCAAUGCAGCAGUUUAGUUCUUGAUUCUGGUUAAACGACAUAUUUGCAAUUUUUCGUACCUGUAACUUAGGACGGCACUGCUCUUCUGGGGCCUAUUGCAUAAAACUUUUGCCAUAAAAAACUCUGGAAAACUUUUUACCAGAGUUUUUUAAUGUGUAAUUUUUGAUGGCAUACUUUUGUUUGCCAGGGUUUUAAUGGCAAAAUUUUUAUGCAACGGGCCCCUGGUUCACAAAUUCUCGAUAAAGACCUCCAAAGCUGUCCUUCGUCAUUUGACCGGCAUUUUCAAUACAUUUACUGGUUCUUGAAUCCGUUCUGCGUCACAGUGCAAAAACGCCGUACUUUGUUUAUGAUUACGAUAGAACAGUGGUAUCGCAGUCCACCUUAACUUUGGGGUUCAAAUCUGACUCGAUAUAUUAGCCUGUGGCUUGUGAGCAAAAGGUAUCCCCUAUAUAGAGGACCUUCGUCGCAUGGCCCUCUUUGCCUUAACUGAGAGCGAUUCACGAUUCUGGAAACUUUGUCAUGGAUGUAGUUUGAUUCCGUGCAAGUGGAAUACAGUCUAUGUAGCCGUGUACAUGCAAAGUCGAUUUCAGUAUUACUAGUUUAUAUGUUGUUGUUGUAUGUGAAACAUCGCAUGGAGUAUUCCACAACUCGUUCAAGCUUCCUAUUGUCAUUCAAUUUGCCGGGAGAGUUUACGGUUUGAAACAUGUAUUCGAAGAUCAUCUCAUUCCAUUUGAUUACAUCUGGGAGAAUGGAUAACUGAUAGCCUGGAGAGACUCUUUACAGCUCACUAUCAAUUUGUACAAAAAUGAUGAUCGUCACUUUGACUGUUAUAUAUCUUGUUUAUAUAUGGGUCUAACUUAUGAAAAAUUGAAUUAGUGUGAGUAUUGAUUAUAUUAGAAUAAAUGUUAUAUAUGUAUAUAUAAUUAAA